CAGUAGUGUACAUAGCACAGAUUAUCUAAUAAUUUUUUCAAACCUUCUCAAAUAAAAUCGUUCGCCUUCAAUAAUGAACAAAAUGAAGACUGCCAUAUAUGUGAUAUCACUUUUUUACAUUGUGAAUGCUGACAAGGCCAGACAAUUUCCCGAGAAAUUUUCGUUCGGUGUAGAAUCAUCGGCUUAUCAAAUUGAAGGUGCCUGGAAUGAAGACGGAAAAUCAGAGAACAUAUGGGAUCACUGGAUUCACAGUGACCCAUCACACAUAAGGAAUAAUGAUACUGCCGACGACGCUUGUGGUAUCUACAAUAAUGAUAUAAACGACGCGGUUUAUGUAGAGAUGUCACCUUUUCAGCAUUACCGAUUUCCUAUACCAUGGAGCAGGAUACUGCCAAGUGGAUUUGCUGAUGAAAUCAACAUGAAAGCUGUUAUACAUUAUCAAAACUUGAUUAAAACUUUAUCAAGAAACAACGUGACACUAGUAGUUACCCUCUACUACCACGACUUGCCCCAAUCCUUGCAAGAUAUUGGAGGUUGGACAAAUCCAGCAAUGGCCAAAUACUUUGCGGACUAUGCUCGAGUUUGUUUUCAGUCCUUCCCCAAUGUUGAAUAUUGGAUAACAUUUAACGACCCAAGGGCCACCUGUAGAAGAGGAUAUGGAGAGGGAACUUUUGCACCAGGUAUUAAUUCGGAUGGUGUCGGAGAAUAUUUGUGCGCCUAUACCGUUCUGAAGGCACAUGCUGCAGCUUACCAUUUAUAUAAGGAGGAGUUCAAGGACUUGAAAGGUAAGAUGUCAAUGGCAAUUGAUAUGCAAUGGUCCCAACCGGCUUCAAUCAAUGACUCAGCUGCUGCAGAAAGAAGAAAUGCUUUUGAUUUUGGUUUGUACGCCAACCCCAUCUAUAAAGGAAACUGGCCCCAAGCAGUUAUAGAUAGGGUUGAUUACAGAAGUGAAAAGGAAAAUUUCACAAAAUCUCGCCUCCCGAAAUUCACCGAUGAUGAAAUAGACUACAUCAAUGGUACGUCCGACUUCAUGGCAGUAAAUCUAUUUUACACACAUGUUGUGGAAGAUAUUGAAGAAGCUGUAUUCGGUGAUCCCAGUUAUACGAAGGAUAUGAAAGCAAAAGUAUAUAUAAAUUAUAAUUGGCAUUUGGCAAUCAAUGGGCAACCGAUUGUUCCUUGGAGUGCUAGAAAGACCUUAACUUGGUUAAGUGCAUCUUUCAAUAAUCCUGACAUAUUCAUUACCGGAAAUGGUAUACCAGACGAAAAUACUUCCAUGGAUAAAACGAGAGUUAGUUAUUUUCGGGAUUAUCUCAAUGCAAUACUUGAUGCAAUUGAAGAAGAUGGAGUAAAAGUCUUUGGAUAUACAGCUUAUAGUUUAUUUGACAGUUUUGAAUGGACUGAUGGAUACAGCUACAAAUUUGGUUUCUAUUAUGAAUAUGAAAAUACUAGUACCAGACUUGAUAAAAGUUCUCUAAUAUUUUACAAAAAGUUGAUUAAAACUUACAUCAUACCCGAGGAUGAUACGACCACCACCACCACAACAGUUGCAACUACCACUCCUGAUUCUGCUACAAACAUUGUUUUGUCUCCUAUUCUUAUAUUAGCAGCACUAUUUAUAUUUAAUUUAUUUUAAAUUUUACAAUUAUUAUCGACCAUAGUUUGGAGUGCACAAAUGUAUACAGUCCCUGUUGAAUCUAGUCUAGUCGCCUUAUAACUAAGCAGAGAGAUUCUCAUAAUACUAGGCGCAAGUAAUGAAAACUUAAACAAAUGCUUUAAUUUGAAAUACUUUUGAGUCUGAUAGAAGCUGUUUAAGAACUACAUAUCCUUUAAAUAUAAAAUCUCUCUAUAACCUAGUAAAUAUGUGUUCUUUAAGAUUAUUUAUACUACUUUUUAACAAAAGUCUGAGUCAGAUAAAUACGUAGAUAACUCCCAUUCUCGAUGUUUUCUACUUGUAAAUAAAAUUAUGAAAGUUGUUACUUAGUGUAAGAAUAGUUUAAAGUAGUUUUUUAUUUAACUAUUUAAGUAAAUUAAUGUGAUAAUAAAGAAUUAGUUCUUAAGUUGUUACUGUCAUUGCUACUAUUUAGUACAUUUUUUAAAUAAAAUUGUUUUACUUAU